AUGUCUAAAGAAGAAACCAGCAACGCUACUUUCACAAGCGACAUUCCAUUUGAAAAAGAGCUUGAAGAUCAAAAAAAUAAUGCCCCAUUUUAUAAACAUGGCGGUAGCAGCGCUUUCCGCAAAUCAAUUCAACUUGCUUGCAAGGAAACUUAUUUUGGACGUAGAUCUAUUCCCAACUUUGUCAAACUUGCAUCAUUUAUAAUUACUGAUAAAGAUGCUUACUUUAAACAGAAUAACAUCGAUGCCAAAGCUUUGUAUUUCAACACCUUGAAAACAUAUGAUUGUCUCUGGGAGAUCUUACGUGAAAAAUCAAUUAAUAAUCCUGAUCGAGCAGACAUUGCUGAAGAUUAUAAACAAAAGACAAGAUGCUUAACAGGAUUAAUAAAGGGUCUUUUGGAAUCUAAAGCAAUUGAUGCGAACGAUUGUAAAGUUCAUCUUAGUGUUCAAUUAUUAGUUGACUGUGGUGUUAUCUCCAAUAAAGCAGCGUUUGAGAGACGACUUAUUCGUUUAAAUACUGCUAUGCUUUAUAAACAAGAUAAAUUCAACCUUGCUCGAGAGGCUGGUGAAGGUUAUUCCAACUUGCUUAAUGAACUUACUAACGCUAGUAUUCAUAACGAAUGUGAUACUAAUGGCUCUUCUACUAUUGAUCCAAUGAUAAAAAUUCCUUAUCUUUUAAAUUCUAUUACAUCUCUUAUGGGCGUAUUCCACCUUGAUCCUAAUCGUGUUUUAGACAUCAUUUUGGACUUCUUUAUUCGUCAAGUUAUGACCAACUAUAUAUUCUGGAUUGAACUUAUCAAAAAAUCUGACUGGAUUCAAUCCAUGAAAUUCGUUGAACUUAAUCUUGAGGAAACUAUCAACCCCAGUGCUAUUAUGGCGCAACUCUUUGGUUUCAGAUUUCACAACUAUCAUAACAUUUUGUAUGAAAAGGUGCCUCAGGAAAUAUUCUAUGCAAUUGCCAUUUUGUUAAAGCAUAAUCUUAUCAAGCUUAGUGAUAUUUUAUCUUAUCUUUAUCCUUACAAUGAAGAUAUGGAGUCUUUAAAAAACGAUUAUAUCUCUAAAAUGAAUAAAGAAAUCACAACUAAUACUGGUGGUAAAUUAGCUAUGUAUGGUGCGCUUGGUGAGGAUGGUAACACAGAGCUUAUGAAGCGUCCAACACCUAAUACUGAUGCAAAUGAAACAUACACUAAAGAUACCCCUAUAAAAAAGUACGAAGGUAAUGAUGUCGUGGAGCUUACAAAAGCAUUACUUUCUAUUGGAGAUUUGAAAAAUGCACAGUUGAUGCUCUCUGAAUAUGAUAAGCUCAUUGAUUUAUUUCCUGAACUUGCGCAUGAUAUCUACCGUCUUUGUAAGGCUGUCCUUGAACCUGCUUAUACUAUUUUUGUACCUCCUAAAACUCAAGCACUUUAUACCCAUCUUCACGAAUGUGCUGAAGCCUCAAAGAUUAAAUCUGCCUUUUCUACACAAGACGACCCAAAUCCUACUGUACCUGAUCAUAUCGAAUUUAAGUCUGUUCUUGUUACUGAUGCGCUUUUACACAAUACUCGUGACUUAAUCAAGAAAGAGCGAUAUGUAUUUUUCUAUAAAGAGUGGGAAGAUAAUUUACAGCCAUGUUUAACAGUAGAAUGUUUAACUACUCAUUUCUUGCCUUUAAUGCGUCUUGCUGGUCAUCGUACAUACUUGGUUACAGACCUUAUACAUAAGCUUAUUUUAAUUAUUGGUGGGAUUAUUGAGCGUGGCUCAGAAAUUCCUGAUAGUCGCGUUCACUGUAAUAAUAUGCUUCGUGAAAUUCUUUUACCUGCUAUCUCCUUUAGUCACGGAAACCCUGGUACAAUGGCCAGCGUCUGGGAAGUAUUGUGCCAUUUCUCUUUUCAAGAAAGGUAUGCACUAUAUGGUGAAUGGUUUACUGAUUUCUACAAAAAAACUAUUGAAACAAAAUUAUUAAAAGCCCGUACUGAACGUGCCAUAAAAGGCGUAAUGCGCCGUAUUUCCAAGAAUGAUGUACGUCGUUGUAGUCGCGAUUUGGGUAAAUUAGCCCAUUCUAAUCCUACAUUAGUGUUUAAUAUUAUGUUGGAUCAGUUACAGCAGUUUGAUAAUAUGGCACCAAUGUUAGCUGAUGCCUGUCGUUAUCUGGGUGAUUUUUCAUAUGAUGUUCUUGGAUAUGUACUUACUGAUAAAUGGACGGGCUCACAAGGUCCUGGUCGAAUCCCUAAAACUAAAGAAAAAGAAGACGGUAUGCCCGCUACUUGGUUACGUGCUCUUUCUGUCUUUGCUGGUAUGCUUUUUAAGAAACAAGAUAUUGAAGCAACUCCUUUAUUACGCUAUAUAGCGCGUCGUUUACGUUAUGAUAACGCAGUAUCAGAUCUUAUUAUUCUUAAUGAAUUUAUUACAAAGAUGGGAGGUAUUGAAAUCUUGGCUAGUGCUUGUACUGAAGAUCAAAUAACUGCAGCUAGCUGCUCUGAAUUCCUCAAAACUGAAGCCUUCUUACCUAUUUCUAUGGAUAAUCGUCGUGCAUCACGUCGUGUAUUAAACCGGCUUAAAGACUCUCUUCGUCGAAAUAAUAUUGGCUUUGAAAUUCUUGUUCUGCUCUACAGACUUGAAGAAGUUUACGAAAUUGAACAAGAUAUUCAGCCUAGUACUCGAUGCUCAAAAAUUGAUCGUGUAAGACAGACUCAGUUACAGUAUUUUGAAUUAUUAAUGUCUUUAUUUGAAGGCGAAGAAUUUGCAUCGUUUAUGCCUGAUGUUGAUAUACUAGUUAGAGAUUAUGCUCUCCCUCUUGAAGUUGCAUUAAACUUCAAUCGUCCUAAGACGCAAUUUAUAAUUCAAAAGAAUUUGGAAACUCCUGUUGUUAAAGAUGAAAUAUGGCCUCCUUUCAAACCCUUGAAUGAUGUUAUACCUUCUUUAUUACCAAGUCCUCCUUUGUCUACAUAUUUUUCAUCUGAGUUCUAUACUAUCUUCUGGCAGCUUAGCUUAUAUGAUAUAUACUGUCCUGAAAGCCAUUAUGAAGCAGCCAUUAAGCGUCAUACUGAGAUGGUUCGCCAGUGUCAAGAUACUCGUAGUUCCUUUUAUCAAAGUAACCGUCCUUCGGUAGUCAGCAAAGCAGAACGUCAAGCUCAAGCUAGUUUGGAAGUGCUUCGUGAGGACUUACCUCGUCAUAAAGCUCAUGUUGCAAAAGUUAUUUCUGUUUUGAACGAAGCUAAGUCACGCUGGUUUCCUGCCACUAAACAACGGGAUGCUCAAACUGCAAGUAUUAUGGACUAUUGCAUUUUACAUAGAAGUAGACAAUCUGAAAUUGAUGCUGCUUUCUGCUUUGAGUUCAGUAUGCUAAUGCAUCGUCUAAAUGUACCAAACUUCUCAAGUUUAACUUUAUUUGAUAGAAUACUAUCAGAGUACCUAUCACCUUGCUUUAUAGCCCUCUCUGAAUAUGAAGCCACAAACUACUCACGAUUCUUUUAUAAGUCACUAAUGAAGAUGAAAGGAUGGUGCGAUGAUGAAAAACUUUAUAAUAAAGAAGCUAUUGGAGAUAAUCUUGUUGGUUUUCAGAAAAAUUGGAAUGAUGAUUCUUCAGUUCCUAUCAAAAAAGAAGAUCUCUUGGCUUUUAGUGAAUUCCAGCGUUUCCUACACAAAUGGCAUUUUAAGACUACAGUUGUGAUCGAACAUGCACUUAAAUCUGAUGAUGCAUAUGUAAUUAAAAAUUCUUUCUUGGUACUUCGCCAAUUUAUACCUUGCUUCCCUCUUGUUCAAGAGCAUGGUAAUAUACUUGUAAAAGUAGUCAAGAGGCUUGCUGAAGAAGAAAAGCGUGGUAAUAUUAAAGUGCUUGCAAGAAGUUACCUUGGCCUCAUCACAAAAUAUAAAUCUAAAUGGAUUCCAAAACAAACAUUCCUUGGUAUCAAAAAUGACCCUGCUCCUGUAGAUAUAAAAAUUGCACUUACUAGCAGCAGCAGUAGUAGUAGUAAUAAUAAUCAUAGUAGCGAGUCUAAUAGUAGUAGUAAAGACGAUACCGGGAAAAAGCGUGCUGAUGAGUCAUCUGCUAAGCACACUUCAUCAAGAAGUAGUAGCUCACAAAAUCAAGUACAGAGCGCCACUAGUUCUUCAUCCUCAACACAAAAGAGACAACGUGAGGACUCAUCUAGGAGUGAAAGCUCUCGUCCUGACAAAUCAGCACGUGUUGAUGAAAGCAGCCGUCAUCACCACCGAACCACACCAUCAUCAACUAGACGAAGUUCUCCUAGGGAAACAAAAGCUGAUCCUCCUCGCUCUUCUCGUGAUUCUGGUCGUGAUACUACUCGAGAAAAUGGUCGUGAAACUGUACGUGAGUCUGGUCGUGAAACUGUACGCGAGUCUGGUCGUGAAGGCGGCCGUGAUUCUGCUCGCGAUUCUGCUCGCGAAAGUGGACGGGAAAGUGGGCGUGAGACACGUAAUGCACCUUCCUCCCCUCGACGUAGUGGCCCCUCUCCUACUACUGCUAAUGUAUCUCGUUCAUCUGAUUCUAGAGGAGCCAAAAGAGAAGCUGAAGAUAGAGGACGUCAUGAUCGUCCUGAGAAAAGAAGAGAUGUUCGGGAUGAUAGAUCAAGAGGAGAGCGCCGUCCUGAUGAGAGGAGAAGGGAAGAGCGUCGAGUUGAUGAUAGAAGACACGAUAGAAGACGACGACGUUAA